UCCUCCCCUCCUUUCCCUCUCUCUCUCUCUCUCUCUCUCUCUCUCUCCUGUAUAAACCCAACCGCAGCGUCCCUUCCUUGCCGCUGCCGCUGCGCUCUCCCAUAGCAGAGCCCCACCCCGCGCAAAAGCAGAGCAACCACUUUCCCCUCCCGCUCCCCACCUCCGCCCUCCUCCAUGGCGAGAUCGACGCUCCUGGUCCCGCUCCUCCUCGCGCUGCUGUCGCUGGCGGCGGCGGCGGCCCGCGCGGGCGACGUGCCGGCGGGGCUGGGCUGGGAGCUCGGGGUGGUGGGCGCCGCGGAGGACGAGGAGUUCGGCUUCCCCGCCGGCGGCGACUCCGUCGCGCGCCGGGUGCUGCAGGGCGGGUCCGGGUACAUCAGCUACGGCGCGCUGCGGAGGGACAACGUGCCGUGCUCCGUGCGGGGGGCGUCCUACUACAACUGCCGCCCCGGCGCCCAGGGCAACCCCUACUCGCGCGGCUGCUCCGCCAUCGCCCGCUGCCGCGGCUGAUCCCUCGCCCGCCCGCUUCAGCACCGUCGGGAGGACGAGGAGGAGGUUCAUCCCGUUAAUCCCUCGCCGUUUAGCGCAAAAAAAAAGAAAAAAAAGAAAAGAAACUGUUCAUGUGCCCUUUUUAAUCAAUUAUUAUUGUUGUUAGUACUGGUAUUAUUUGUCUUGUCGUCCAUGCUUAACCGAGGAUGAUUGGUGGUGGUUGGCUGAUUCGAGUUCGGAUCCGUCUGUCCCGUCCUGUAAAUUGCACGCAUAAUUUGUGUGAUCAUCGAGCCACUGGUGUAUAAACUGAUGAUGAUUGAACCUGUGUUGAUUGCGAUUGUAGCCA